AUGUCGGUGCUCCUUGAGACCAGCUCUGGAGACAUUGUUAUCGAUCUCCUGAUCGAUUACGCUCCAAAGCUUUGCGAGAAUUUCCUAAAACUAUGCAAAGCAAAAUAUUACAACUUCUCGCCUAUACACUCCGUUCAGAAGACGUUCUCGUUUCAGACUGGCGAUCCGCUUGGCCCUAUGUCACGAGAAUCCGAUGGCGGCACUUCAAUCUGGGGCCUGGUUUCCGGAGACAGCAAGCAGAAAACAUUCCCGGCUUUCUUUCAUCCGAAACUGAAGCAUCUCGAGCGGGGCACAGUUAGUAUGGCCACGGUCCCAUUAGACACAGAUCCGGACACACGCGUUGCGGCCUCCCAGUUCAUCGUGACGCUUGGCGAUGAUACCGACUACCUGGACGGAAAAGCCGCCAUCUUCGGCAAAGUAGUCGAAGGCUUCGACGUGUUGGAAAAGAUUAACAACGCCUUCGUGGAUGACCGGGGGUAUCCUCUGGUCGAUAUUCGCAUCAAGCACACAGUAAUUCUCGACGACCCAUACCCGGACCCACCUGGGCUGAGGGAGCCCAGUAGUUCGCCUCCGCCGAGCAAGGCCCAGCUUGCUACGGUUCGUAUCGCAGACGAGGCUGCCUUACACGAGGAGGACGGCUUGGAUGAAGAGGCACUGGAGAGACAGCGACGUGAACGUGAGGCUCGAGCUCAGGCCUUGACUUUGGAGAUGAUGGGUGAUUUGCCUUUUGCUGAGGUCGCUCCCCCGGAGAACGUCCUCUUCGUCUGCAAGCUGAACCCAGUCACCACGGACAGCGACUUGGAACUGAUUUUUGGUCGGUUCGGUAAGAUCCUCAGCUGUGAGGUCAUCAGGGAUCGCAAGACAGGGGAUAGCUUACAAUACGCCUUUAUCGAGUAUGCAGACAAGGCCUCGUGCGAAGCGGCAUACUUCAAGAUGCAGGAUGUUCUGAUUGACGACCGGAGGAUCCACGUCGACUUCUCGCAAAGCGUCAGCAAGCUCAGCGAGGUGUGGAGGAAUGACACGAACAAGAAGCGCAGGCAAAACGCUUCCCGCGGUGGCUGGGGAGGUGUCAGGGAGCUAGAGAAGAGGAGGCAGUACCGUGAGCAAGACGACGACGCCGAGGACACCAACUACAACUUGGUCUAUGGCGCAGAGGAGAUGAAGGGCCGCCAUGAACGGGUUGAGGGGUCGCACAAGGACAAGGACAUACCAACGGAAAAGACCCGUCCGAGUAGCUCCCCGGACCGCCGAGGCACGGAGCGGCAACGGCACCGAAGCCGGAGCCGGAGCCGGAACCGGAGCGAGAGCCCGAGGCACCGCAGGGCUGGAGAUCGGCUCAGGCCUGACGAAAUGGAUGUUCGAAGAACUGAUGACCGGUCUCGGUACAAUCGGCGACGGGACGAGUGGGACAACGAUUGGAGAGACCGCCGAGACCACCGAGACCGCCGAAACCGCCCAGACCGACGAGACCGGGAUCGAGAUUACCGAGAUGGAGACCGAGGCCGGGACUACGACAAUCGUAGACAAAGACAAAGAUAA